AAGCGCCGGACACCUGUCUCCCCUCCUCUGCCCUCGUUCCUGGACCAUCCUUCCCCCCACCCCCAUGUAUGAGGACUCCUAUUUCCAUGGAUUCGAAGACUCCGAGGUGGGCUCAGCUGAUUCCUACACCAGCCGCCCUUCGUUGGACUCCGACGUGUCGCUUGAGGAGGAGCGUGAAGGUGUGAAGCGCGAAGUGGAGAACCAGGCCCAGCAGCAACUUGAGAAGGCCAAGCACAAGCCAGUUGCCUUUGCAGUCCGUACCAAUGUCAGCUACUGUGGAGCAUUGGAUGAGGAAUGCCCUGUUCAAGAAUCUGCCAUCAAUUUUGAAGCCAAAGACUUCUUGCACAUCAAAGAGAAGUACAGCAAUGACUGGUGGAUCGGGAGGCUAGUGAAGGAGGGGGGAGACAUCGCCUUCAUCCCCAGCCCACAGCGGCUGGAGGCCAUCCGGUUGAAGCAGGAGCAGAAAGCCAGGCAAUCUGGCAAUCCUGCCACCAGCAGCCGGCGAUCGCCUCCCCCAUCUCUAGCCAAACAGAAGCAAAAACAGACAGAGCACAUCCCCCCAUACGAUGUGGUGCCCUCCAUGCGGCCAGUGGUGCUGGUGGGACCCUCACUGAAAGGAUAUGAGGUGACAGACAUGAUGCAGAAAGCUCUCUUUGACUUCCUCAAGCACAGAUUUGAUGGGAGAAUCUCCAUCACGCGUGUCACGGCUGACCUGUCACUGGCCAAGCGCUCGGUGCUUAACAACCCAGGCAAGCGGGUCAUCAUUGAGCGGUCCAUCACCCGGUCCAGCAUUGCUGAAGUCCAGAGUGAGAUUGAGCGCAUCUUUGAGUUGGCCAAGUCGCUGCAGCUGGUGGUGUUGGAUGCUGACACCAUCAACCACCCCGCACAGCUGGCCAAGACCUCUCUGGCCCCCAUCAUUGUCUACGUCAAGGUCUCCUCCCCAAAGGUGCUGCAGCGGCUUAUCAAGUCCAGAGGGAAAUCGCAGGUGAAGCAUCUCAACGUGCAGAUGAUGGCAGCUGACAAGCUGGUGCAGUGUCCCCCGGAACUUUUUGAUGUGAUCCUGGAUGAGAACCAGCUGGAGGAUGCCUGUGAACACCUGGCAGAGUACCUGGAGGUGUACUGGCGAGCAACUCACCACCCUUCGCACACCAUUGGCAGCCAGAACCUGGUGACACCGUCUACUGCCAUUCCUGGCCUGCAGAAUCAGGCCCCGCCGGGUGAACCUGGCAGCGAGCGCUCCCCGGUGGAGCACGACAGUUUGAUGCAGUCCAACGAAGUGAGCGACGCCUCCCGCAAGACCUGGACGGCAGCGUCUCAGCGCAGCUCGCGGCACCUGGAGGACGAGUAUUCGGAUGCCUACACUGACCUGUACCAGCCUCAUCGCAACCACAACAGCGGCCUCCACAGCACCAAUGGCCACGACUCACAGGACCGCCUCCUGGAGCGUGAGUCUGAGCACAACCACAACGAGAGGAACUGGCAGCGCAACCGGCCCUGGGCCAAAGACAGCUACUGAGGCCUCCUGGCCAGGCACCUCCCGCCCCUGGGCCAGGCAGCUGGGGACACGGGACAAGGCUGCUGCCACCACCACCGCCUCCCAGACUGAGCCAGUUGCCUGCUAGCAAGCCUGCCUCUCUUUUCCUUCCUAGCUGAGCCCCACAGUAUACAGGUCCUGCCCCCAGUAUACAGGUGCUAUCUAUGGAACCCCAGACACCGCCACAGCUGCCUGAGUCUUACAUCCAGGUUGGGAGAAUUCUCUCGCCUGCCUUUGUUUUGGGUUCUAAGGGCCAUCAGAACGUCCUUGCAGGGUAAAUUCCAUUGGAGCUUUGCAUCUCAAAUUCAUUUUUUUGCAGGGAGAAAGGAGUGGGAGAAUUGGGCUUAUUCGUCUUCAGGAAAGAUGCAGUAUGCCAAAGGAGCUGGAUGCUGUGGUCCUCUGUUUCUAGCUUGGGGAGAGCAGGGCUGGUGUAUUAGGAGAAAGGAGAGUUGGCAGCCAGGAACAUCCAGAAGUGGAAUGGUAGAGUGCUUUUUGCCAUGCCUUAAAGCAGGGGUGAAGAACCUCAGGCCCAGGAGCCAACUUUGGCCUCCCAGGGUUUUCCCUCAUUGCCUCAACUCCUUUCCUCCAAACCAAUAAUCUGGUGAUUUCCUGAUUCUCUGCAGUUUUUUCCCCAUUCUGAAAGGUCUGAAAUGCCUCUUCUAAGGCUGAAUGACUGGCAAUGAGAGCAUUCAGCUACACUAGGCUGAAAUUUUUGGUAUUUUGGCACCUUCUGUUUUGCACUGCCUACUACUGGAAGGUGGCUCCUCAGAGCUUCUCUCAAAUUGUAUGCCACCUUUGGGCUGAAAGAGGUUCAGUGCCCCUGCCAUAAGGACUCAGUGUUAGUCCAUGCUUUGUCAUAACGAACACAUAAUGGAACCAAUCACCUAGGGAGGUGGUGGGCUCUCCCCAACUAAAGGUAUUCAAGAUGCAGCUGGACAACCACCUGGGAGGGCCAGUUUAACCUGGAAUCCUGCACUGAGCAAGGGGUUGGAUCUGAUGGCCUUCUUGGCUCCUUCCAACACUUUCAUGAUUCUACAAGGUUAGAACUGCCAUGAGGACUCCAUUGAUCUGUGAGCCGAUUCAAAUGAAGAGCCAAAGUUGGUUGAAGCAAUUACAUGCAAGGUUUGGGGCACUGGUGAACAUUUUGAGCAAGUGCUCUGAUGCAGCAUAGGAAAUAAGCAGCAUGAUGAAGUUAGUGCGGCCCAGGGAAAACCUGUUUCAGGAUGGGUUGGGUCAAAUAGUUGAACACUUCCAUAUUGGAAACAAAUUCCCUACCAAUAGAAAAAUAGCACAGCAAGGUUAGACUACACUGUCUCUCUGACAUUGAGCUUUCUGUGUUCAGGGAGGACACAGAAAUGAUAACUUUUUAUAUGGAGGAACAUUCAGCUAUGUGAUCCCCUUACUUGCAGUCAGAAGUCUGGAACAAUCCAGAAACAGUUCUUCCAUACUGUUUGGGUUAAUGGGGACAUUAGCCAAGAUGAAAUAGAUGGGUGAAAAGUUGCUUGCUUCUCGUAACUUGUCUAUGAAAUGUCAAAGCAUCCACCCACAAAUCACAAGGCCGGAAGAGUUAACACCACAGUGACUUUUCCACUAGGUACUCUUCUGAUGUGGAUGGAUGUGUUUGAACAUUAUUCACAGACCCUGCUUUGGCCAGGAUGGGAGGGCAUGUCCUUCACCCUGCAGGCAGAGUGAGAGAAUGAAAGGAAAAGCAGGCGUGAGGCUGUGAUUUCAGGCAGAGGGGAAGCAGGAGGGAAGGGGUUGUUUAAUCAUUUCCAAACUGCAAUAACUUUUCUCCUGCUGGAAUUCCAGACCCACAGGCUACACCUGGGAAACAAAUUUAGGGAGGGAAAAGGAUUAAGGACCCCUUCUCAAUCUCCACUCAGUCACAAUUCCAUGAAACUGGGGAGCGCAGUAGAUUUUGCCAGGGUGAAAAAAACCUUGAACAAAUGAGCCAUAAAUUCCUUGGAGCUGCAGCCUGGGACUCGGCCCGAGUUUGAUCCCUCUAUUACCCUGUACAGCUUACAAGGACUCCUGUCUCAGUGCACAGCCAACCCCCCUCUGUUAGGGAGCUGGUGGAACAUGUUCAUAAAGCCACAGCAUGAGAAGUUGAAUUUAUUAUCCUCCACCUUCCCUGGACUUCUCUGCUAAUUGCAUGGGGCCUUGAUCUUCCAUAUGUCCGUCAGCUGGGAGGGGGUGAAGAGGUGCUGGAUAGCUGACAGCAUUGCUACUUGACCAUGUGCUCAUUGUUGUCACCCUGGGACAUGGUCUGAAGGAGGGCGGCAUGGGCUAGAGCCAUUUCUGCUUUCUCUCUAAUGCACAACCCUCUCCUCAAGAGGCCCAGUUGCUUUUCCAUCCCAACCGCUCCCCAGCACUUCAAACACUUCAUGGGGCAGUGGAUGGCAGCCCCCUGCCCCUAAAAAGAGCAUGUACACCUAUCAGAAAUCAGCUUGUAAAUACUGCGCACUACCACCGGGAGCUGUUUUGAGUGUCUUGUCAUAUAUACCCUGGACUGCCUGGAACCAAGGGAAGCUGCUGCUUCUUUCCUGGCUUAGGCAGUUUCGGGGCAGGCAGGGAGAUCUGGGUUCUGUCCCUGUGGUCACCAUUCAGUCGGCCACAGCAACAGCUUUGUUACUAUUCUUUUGUAGAGAGCACUUAUUUCCCAGACAACUUGUAAGCAGUUUGAAAAAACAAGCACUUGCUGUUUAUAGAAUGUGGCUGGUCUGCCUUUAUUUUGAAAACUGAUGGGUCAAAGGGGCUAGCAGUUUAAACAGUAAUGUGGUUGGGCUACACACAGAGACAUGUCACUGGAACACCAACAUGGUUACAGGGCCAGCUGCCCGUUAUAGAAGUAGAUGUGCUUGGGCAAGGGGCAC